UGAACAUCAGUAGUAUGAUAUGGCCAUGUAAACAUAUCACAGGAGUGUUUAUCGCACUUACCCUUAAAAAAAAAAAAAAAAAAAAAAAAUUCCAAUUCCUCAGGGACGAUUCCCUCCUCUUACCUUCUCGACAGCCAAUCAAAUUAUCGAGCUUCACUGUGUACCUUCCACUCCGUUUAUAUCCAUCUCCCAUAUUCCAUAUACCUUCGAUUCUCUCAAUAAUCUUACCCCACUCGAAGCGAAGAAUAUAUACGUACAUAUAUAUCUAUAUAUCUGUAUAUAAUCUGUAUAUGCUUUCUUGCAAUUAAUUCUAGGGUUUGUUGCAAGACCCAAUUGUUGAACCAGUUCUUGAUCAAUCAAGUUUGAUUUUUUUUCACGAUUAGGGGUAGGGUUCUUCAGUUCAAUCCCUUGCUCUGACACCAUGAAGGUUCAUCCAGCUCCGAGGAAGCGGAACAUCACGCUGCGAUACGACGUCGCUUCGACCCUCUCCAACGCACUCGCUAGCCGGCAAAAGAAGCUCCGAAGACUCCCUCACAUAUUCGCCAGAGUCCUCGAGCUUCCCUUCCACUCCGACGCCGACGUUUCGGUUGAAGAAGCCUCCGACUGCUUCCGAUUCGUCGUCACCACCGACGACAUCGGAGACGGCAUCAGGGCCCACGCGAUCGAGAUCUAUCCCGGGGUUACGAAGAUAGUGAUCAGAGGAACCGACGUUCUUGAUUCGUCGCUUGAUGAAUUGGAGCUCGACCUUUGGCGGUUUCGUCUUCCUGCGUCGACGCGGCCGGAACUGGCGACUGCGGAGUACGACGACGGAGAGCUCGUGGUGACGGUGCCCAAAGAUUUGAAUUUGGUCGGGGCGGAUGGUGGUGUUAAUGGGAAUCGAGAAGAGCUUUGGGGGGAAGGGAACGGCGGAACGGGACGUCUUCUUCUUGUACAGUAACUAAUACACUUCCCUUGCUCUCAAUUUGCUUUCCUUGUUUCCUGUAUAUUUACAGGUGCAAUGGUAAAAGUUUGGACCGACAAGUAUGAGGAUGUGGAUUCAAGCAUGAGAGUAGUCAUUUUGUGCGAAAUAAUGCUAAGGAUAAGAUUUGUCUCCAGUUUUAACCUUCCCUUGUGUAGGGAGAAUGGUAAUAUCUGUGUAGACUUGCUUGGGUUAAGUUUCCUCUUAUAAAUAUAUUUCUUUCUUUUUUUCUCAUCUCUCAAAGUGAAUGUCUUCAACUUGUUAGCAGUUUGACAGGUUCACAAACAUUCAUGUGAGGCUACUGUGUGUCACAUUAAUCUUCUCUAAAAGUGCUCAAUAAAGCUUCUUUAAUUAUGGAACCUGUUGAUUUCUAUCAGCUAUUCAGCUUCAGUAAUUGUAAAUUUUAUAUUUUGGGUUCCUGUAUUCGAGUCUUUAGGUUCGUGUAUCCGGUACUUCUCCCUAGAAAUGUUGCCACUGCAGCAUCUUCUCUUUAAUUAUUAACUUAUAUUUUCUUGUAUUGCACCCUUGAAAUGUUUAUGACUAAAUUUCCUUCCAAAA